GGGCAAGGAGGAAGCAGAGAUACUGUGCAGAGAAUUGAAUUGCGGUUCUCCUAGCAAUGCGACUGCAACACAGACGUUUGGAGAAGCCCAUGACCUGCCUGGAGUCAAGACCAAUUGUUUUGGAAACGAGAGCUCCUUUUCACAGUGCACCUUUCAAGAAUUCAAGGAAGACUGUAUUGAUGCUACAGUUUCUGUAGAAGUAAGUGAUCCAUAUGUUUGGACGUUUGUGAUAUAAUUUUAUUAGAGUAACUCAUGACCUGGACCUGUUGUUUGAAACCAAACAGACAGUAAACUGGUCCGUCUAAAGACGGGACCCAUCGAUGCUCUGGGCGAGUGGAGGUCUACCACGACGGACAGUGGGGAACUGUUUGUGACGACAAAUGGGGGAUGCAGGAAGGAGCCGUUGUUUGUCGACAGAUGAAUUGUGGGACCCCGAUUGCAGUCAAGUACAAAGCCCACUUUGGCAAAGGUCAGGAUCAGAUUUGGCUGGAUAACAUCUACUGUAUUGGUCAUGAGGAGAGCCUGACUGACUGCCCACAUAAAGGCCUCGGACAACAUGACUGUGACCACUCUGAAGAUGCAGGUGUCAUAUGCUCAGAAAAUGUCAGACUGGUUGAUGGACCAGACUCGUGCUCCGGCAGACUGGAGGUCUUCCACAAUGAUAAAUGGGGGAGGAUCUGUUCAAAUAACUGGAGCAGCAAAGAGGCUGCAAUGGUGUGUGAAGAACUUAACUGUGGCACUCCCAAAAAAACCCAAGAGAACUUCAGCGCUGGUAGCAGCGAGCUGGGAAAUUAUACAACCACAUGCUCUGACAGUGUGAGCUCCAUCACCCAGUGCACACUUCAACAGCACCCGGGGACAUGCAACAGUGUUUCUGUUUCAUGUGCAGGCUUUUCAUCACUGAGGCUUGUGAACGGCACAAACCGCUGCUCCGGCAGGGUGGAGAUUCUGCAUGACCGCCAGUGGGGAACGGUGUGCGAUCAUCACUUUGACAUGAGAGACGCCCAGGUGGUGUGCAGGACCAUAAACUGUGGGUCACCUCAGACCAUCAAGCACAGAGCGUUCUUUGGUGAAGGUGAAGGAGAGAUAUGGCUGGAUAAUGUAAACUGCUCCGGCAAUGAAACGUCUCUUGUGAACUGCCAACACCGGCCCUUUGGAGAGAAUAACUGUGGCCACGGAGAGGACGUUGGUGUGAUAUGUUCAGAUUCCAUUAGACUGCUUAAUGGCACUGACCAUUGCUCGGGCAGAGUGGAGGUCCACUACAACGGCCACUGGUUGCCAGUGUAUAAUGUCAACUGGGGAAAAAUGAAGCCAGAGUGGGUGUGUCGAGAAAUGAAACUGUGGAGAUCCCGUCCAGGCUGCGGGGUUGUUUGUUGAGAGUGGAGAUCUGACAGGGUAUAAGAUCAGCUGUGGUGGAAGGGAGAGGUCGCUGACACAGUGCACAGUCGGAGACUACGUCAGAACCAGCAGCGACCAAAUUCAAGAAGCGACUGUCCAAUGUUCAGGCAAUGUGAAAUUACCAAUGGGCCGAGUCGCUGCGCUGGAACAGUGGAGCUAUAUGACGAAGGCCGAUGGGGCACUUUGUGCUCUGAUACCUGGGAUAUGGAAGAUGCAACAGUGGUGUGCAGGCAGCUGGGGUGUGGAAAAGCUCAUAAAAUUAGUACCAACUAUGUGUCUGGACAAACCGGACAAACCUGGGUGGAACUAUUUGAAUGUAAUGGACUGGAGGUUGCGUUGUCACAUUGCCCACAAAGACCUUUACAAGAAAGAGACAGAACCUGCAACACAACUUUGCUUGCCAGUGUUGUCUGCACAGAAAAUCUGGAGGUGCGGCUGAUUAAUGUGAGAAUGAGUGCUCUGGCAGAGUAGAGGUCCGACAUGGUGCGGACUGGAAAACUGUGUGUGACACAGACUGGACCAUGAAGAAGGCUGAGGUGGUGUGUGAGGUACUAGAGUGUGGCUACGCCGUGAACACCCUGGUGCUGACGCGUUCGGCCAAGGCAGCGGGUCAGUGGUGGACACCAAGGAUUCCUGUUUUGACAAUGUAACAGCUCUGCAGCAAUGCUCGAUCAAAG